UUUUUCGUCUUUCUGUGCUGUGCCAAAUGGCGAUUGCAUUAGAUCGGCCGAGCUCCGGGAGCGGAGCCCAUUCGAACCUCCGCCGGGUCUGAUUGAUUUCAUCCCUCUCGAUUCCAAUGCGACGAAUACGAACUGUGAGUAUUCCGCGUUCAUUCGGAUUGUCGCUGUGACCCUCGAUGGACCGUCUUGUUCUAGGCAAUUAAAAUGGAGGAUUGUUUCGAUUGUGACUGUGGCGAGCUUGAGCCACCUGAUCACUGAGGCUCACAAUUAACACCCCAAUCUAAAGGCCAGGGUCUUCACUUUUUUUUUUAUUAGGAAAAUCAUUCAGAAAUUAAAAAAAAAUAAAGGAAACAAAACAAAAGCAUAAAAAGAUUGGCACAUUUCCCAUGAAGCUGCUCAGGACCAGUUAUACACUGAAUGUAUACCACUGUGAGAAUGCAACCAUGUGCUUUUAGCGUUUAACAGUGCAUUUUUAAUUAGCCCCAACGUCCAUUCCAUUGAUUUCUUUCAGAACUGCUCUGUUAAGUGAAGCCACCCACCAGGAGUGGUGUUGGAUUUUCAAAAUUGUCCUCACUCAAGAUGAAGAACUUUAACUACAAUUUAACCUGACAGUUACGGCUGCACAGGGGACAGGUAGUUAGUUACCUGGGAAGCGGUUGACUGCAUUUGAAGGGCUGUUAGUGUAGCAUCUGAGGCAGUUUAGGCGGGGUGGGGGGGUCUUCUGUUAGCAUAAACAGAUUAAACCAAGCUAGAGACAACAUUCGAAGUAAUAGUCAUUAUGGCCGAGAAGUUUGAGUCACUGAUGAACAUCCACGGCUUCGACCUGGGCUCUCGCUACAUGGACUUGAAGCCUCUCGGCUAUGGAGGGAAUGGCCUGGUUUUCUCAGCGGUUGACACCGAUUGUGACAAGCGAGUGGCGGUGAAGAAGAUUAUCUUGACUGAUCCCCAAAGUGUCAAGCAUGCCCUCCGAGAAAUUAAGAUUAUAAGGCGCCUGGACCACGACAAUAUAGUCAAGGUUUUUGAAACGUUGGGCCCCAGCGGUCGCAGGCUAACGGAGGAUGUGGUGUCCUUGACCGAGGUCAACUCGGUUUACAUAGUGCAGGAGUACAUGGAGACAGACCUGUGUCAGCUGCUGGAGCGCGGCCUUCUGUCCGAGGGCCACGCCAGGCUCUUCAUGUACCAGCUCCUCAGGGGGCUCAAAUACAUCCACUCUGCCAAUGUUCUCCACCGCGACCUCAAGCCCGCCAACCUGUUUGUCAACACAGAGGACCUGGUGCUGAAGAUCGGCGACUUUGGUCUGGCCCGCAUCAUGGACCCCCACUAUUCCCACAAGGGUCACCUGUCUGAAGGUCUUGUCACCAAGUGGUACAGGUCUCCCCGCCUGCUGCUCUCGCCAAACAACUAUACCAAAGCCAUCGACAUGUGGGCAGCCGGAUGCAUCUUUGCAGAGAUGCUCACUGGGAAAACGCUCUUUGCGGGGGCCCAUGAACUGGAGCAGAUGCAGCUGAUCCUGGAGUCCAUCCCGGUACUGCGAGAGGAAGACCGCCAGGAGCUCCACAGCGUCAUACCCAUCUUCAUCCGCAACGACAUGUCCAAACCUCACACACCACUCACCACGCUGCUGCCUGACGUCAGUCCUCAAGCCCUGGACUUCCUAGAAAAGAUCUUGACGUUUAACCCCAUGGAUCGUUUAACUGCGGAAGAAGCGCUGGCCCACCCCUACAUGGCAGACUACUCCUUUCCCCUGGACGAGCCCAUCUCUUUGCACCCUUUCCACAUUGAAGAUGAAGUCGACGAUAUUCUGCUCAUGGACCAGAGCCACAGCCACACAUGGGACAGGUAUCACGAGAGCCAGUUGUCAGAGGCUGAUUGGCACUUGCACAGCAUUCAUGACCCAGAAGAAGUCCAAGUGGACCCGAGGGCCCUCUCUGAUGUCACGGAUGAGGAAGAGGUUCAGGUGGACCCUCGGAAAUACGCCGACGGAGAUCGGGAAAAGCUCUUGGACGAGCUUUCCUUCGACUACUCCACUCCGUUCUCGUCGGAGCGGUCGUGGCCGGACGAGCAUCACGAGAACAAAUACUGCGACCUGCAGUGUAGCCACACGUGCAACUACAAGGCCGUGUCCCCCUCUUAUCUGGACAACCUCAUCUGGCGGGACAGCGAAGUCAACCACUAUUACGAGCCCAAGCUCAUCAUCGACCUCUCCAACUGGAAGGAGCAGCAAAGCAAGGAGAAGGCUGACCGCAAGGCCAAGAGCAAGUGCGAGAAGAAUGGGCUGGUGAAGGCCCAGAUUGCCAUGCGGGAGGCUGAGAAGACCCAGAGCUUGGCGGAAAAGGACCACGAGCAGGAGAAACACCAGACGCAGCCACCCGGCCAACAAGGCUUCGACUUUGACUCCUUCAUCGCCAGUACCAUCAAGCUGAGCCUGCAGCCCGAGGCCUGUCAGGAGGUGGGCCUCCUCAACGAGGUUGGCCUGCUCAGCGAGGUGGGCCUGCUCAGCAAGGUGGGCCUCCUCAACGAGCUGAACUCUUCAGUCUCCCAACUGGAGGCCCCUCGCUCGGGCUCCAUGUCUAAAUCUAUAAGUCAGGAGAAAGAGGAAAAGUGCCUGGUCAACCUGGCCCAGCUGGGGGGAGGCAGCGGCUUGGCGCUGGUCGGCAGCGAAGUCCCCCGGCCUGCACAUCCCUGGGAAGGCUUUGGCUCAGGAGAACGAGUGGCAGAGAUCGACGAGGCAUGCCGGGACAGGCACUUCCAGAAGGAAAGCACGUAUACCAGCUACUUGGACCACCUGUUUAGCCGGACAGAGGAGCGCGUCGCAGAGUCCGACCCGGAGAUGGAGAUCCCGGAGGCCAGGGAGAGAGAGUCGGGCGAGGACUUCCUCACCCGGAGCGCCGAGAUCGUGCUAAACGUACAGCUGGAGUCUCUGGGCCCGGACGAGCUGCCUCUGAAAUCCAUCCAGGCUUCACUCACCCCCUGUGCUGUCAAAUGCUCACCACAGAUCGCCCACAAAACCUACAGCAGCAUCUUCAAACAUCUUAACUAGAAAAAGCAAUGUCCUCUCUAUGACAGCCUGUUUAGUUUUUGUCUUGUUUUUGUUGUUCUACUUGAAUCAUUUCAUACCAAUUUUUCUUGUUGUUUUAAAAGUCAAUUUUAAGAGUGCAGAUGGAUGAUGAUUUCUUGGAAUUUCGGUCGCCUUGACGCCCAGGCCUUCAUGGGUUCAUGUCUACACCCUCAUUGCUGAACUGGCUUCACGUACUGUAGACGAACGGAAAAUAGGCAUCGGGACGGCGCUCGAGGUUUCGGCGGCUUUAUAAUUUGGCUGUUGGGGUGUGACAGAGAAAGAUUUGAUGGAUUUUUGAUUUACGGCAAAAGAGCAAAAGCUUCCUUUACAGCCCUUUCAUAUUGUAAAUGUGACACAUGAUGCCAGCAGCAACCAUUAUCGUAGGCGUAAUGUAUCGUGUUAUCUACCUCAAGGUAACAGCCGCGAGAGACACUCGAAGCCGCACUAGUGCUUUACACACCACGACCAUCCUCAUACCAUGAAACGAAGUGGUCUCAUCGUUGAAAUCUCUCUCACGUUAGCGUUUAACAUAGUGAGGUGUUUUUCAGUGAUCAUUAUUUAUUUCUAGCACGUGCGAUAUUUAUUUGAUCGAAAAAUUGUCAUUUCAAUGUGAUUGUUGAAGAGCGAGGAGUCGGUAAGACCAUUUUCAUUUCAGCACUAUUUGGGCGUCCAGGUGUUCCUUUUUGUUUUUAUGGUAGGAUGCAAAUUCAUCUGUGUUGAGGCUUUCCAUUUUUCCAUCUAUCGAUUAUUUUUUUUUAUUUAUAGGUGCAUUCAGUUUGUAGUAGGGGGACAGCACCUAAAAGUCUUAAUUUUUUUUGUUUUUUAAAUCAAUGAGGUGUAUCAAACAUUGCGUGCAUGGAGGCAAGAGGAAAGGUACAUUUAAAGUAAAUAGUAAGUAUAUUGUACGUCCGUUUUAAUUGUACGACAUUUUUUUUUCCUUUUUCUAUGUACUUUUUUCAGACAAGCAUGCUAGUUAGGUUAAUGUGUAGCAUGUAGAACACAUGGACUUUUUUUGUAAUCAUCGGUUCUCCUGUUCUACAAAAUAUCAAAAAUAAACUUAAAGGCAAACAC